CCACGAAACUUCACUCACUGACUCGCAGCUACCAAUACCAUGCUCUCUUUCUCUCUUUCUCGGACCUUAGGAACAAAGAAAGAAGAAAAUUGUGCUCCAAACACGCAAUGCGCACGUUAGCCUUCUUCACCUCUCUCACACUCACACAUUAUAUCACUUUUACAAGAUAACGCCGACCCCUCUCUCUCUCUUCGACUCUCUGUCUCUCUCUCUCUCUCUCCUCUCUGAACAAAAAAAAAUUCCCAAUUUUUUUUUUUUAAAUUUCUUUACCCAAAUUUACUACUUAUGCUUUCUUUCUAUAAUUACAUUACGAUUUGAAUAAAAUAGUUUAUCUAUUUAAAUAUUUAUAUAAUAUUCUCUCUCUCUCUAUCUCUCUCUCUGUGCUCUGAAGCAGUUAGAGAAAAGAGCGAGUUUUAGAUCCCUAUUCUCACACAGCCUUUCAAUUCGAUCAAUUUACUCUCUCUGUUUUUGUUUUUUUUUUUCUCUCUUUCUUUGUUUUCUCUCUCUCUCUUUCAAAGUUUGUGUUUUUGGUUUCUCUCUGUGUAUAUUGGUUCUCAGACCCUAUUGUUCCCCAAUUGCUCUGUUUUCUUCUCUUUUCUCGCGAAAUUAGGGUUUAUGGCUGAUUUGGAUGUUCGAUUCUGAGAGGCGGUUUUCGCAGUCUCCAAAUUCGAAUUCCCAAGGCUCUUUUUGUGGCGUUUUGAUUCGGAAAAUUUUUAGAGAGAAUGAUAAUCAAGCGCAAUUUGAAAUCCCUAAUGCCGAGUCUGAAACGGACGAAACUCGACGACUCGGCGGGUGAGGACGAGGAGAACUCGGACGUGACUCGGAGGAAGAGGAAAAGUAACAGCAAUUGCAAUAGCAGCAAUAGUAGCAAGAAGAUGAAGACGAAGACGAAGAAGAAUAGCAAUGGGUACUAUCCGCUGAAUCUUCUGGGUGAAGUCGCGGCUGGUAUAAUUCCAGUGAGCUUUCAGGGGAUGCUGAGCUCGGAGAAGGGAUUCGAUGAUUCGUGGUGCACUGAAUUGUCGUGCUCCCCCGGCGGAGGCGGCGAGGUCGAGUCGAAAACGAAGGGGGGGCGGGAUUCGGCGGCCAAAGGGAAGAUGAAGAGUAAUCGGACAGUGGCGGUGGCGGUGGCGGCAGCGGCGGCAACUGAGGUUCCGCGGCCACCGCUAGUGAAAACGUCGCGUGGACGAGUUCAGGUACUUCCUUCGCGGUUUAAUGAUUCGGUUAUUGAGAAUUGGAGGAAAGAUAGUAAGACUAGCUUGCGUGAUUAUAGCUUUGAUGAUGAUAGUGAAUGUAAAAGAGAUAGAUUUAGCUUUAGAGUGCCGAAAAUUGGUAACCGGGAUGUGAGGAGAGAUGAUAAAACCGGGUUUAAGUGUAGGAAAUUUGCUACAUUGUGUGAGGAAGAGGAGGGAGAGGAAGAAGGGUAUGUGGGGUUCAAGAAUUUCAAUAAUGUUAGGAGGUUUUCGAGCUCGAGGAGUACUUUGACAUCGGUGAAUGAGCAAUUAGGGGAAGAUGAGAAUUUCCCGGUUGAGAUAAUUGAGGAAGAUGAUGAGUAUUUGGAGAAUGGUGUGAGGAAAGACAGGUUUUACGGGCCGGAGGACUUCUAUUCGGGUGACAUAGUGUGGGCAAAGUCGGGGAAGAAGGAGCCUUAUUGGCCUGCCAUUGUGAUCGAUCCAAUGACUCAAGCGCCUGAAUUGGUUUUGAGGUCUUGUAUACCUGAUGCAGCUUGUUUGAUGUUUUUUGGCUACUCUGGGAAUGAGAAUCAAAGGGAUUAUGCAUGGGUCAAGCGUGGGAUGAUAUUUCCCUUUAUGGAGUAUGCAGACAGGUUCCAGGAGCAGUCUGAAUUGAAUGGCUGCAAGCCAUGUGAAUUUCAGAUGGCAAUAGAUGAGGCAUUUUUGGCAGAAAAUGGGUUUACAGAGAAGUUGGUAGCAGAUAUAAACAUGGCAGCUGGGAACACAACUUGUGAGGAAUCUGUUCAGCUUAGGGGAGUUCAAGAGGCUACUGGUUCAAACCAGGAUCCAGAUUGUCACUACGCCACCCAGGGUGUUUAUGGGAAGAAGAAAGACAUACAGCCCUGUGAAGGUUGUGGAAUGGCCUUUCCUUUCAAAAUGGCAAAGAAAAUCAAAGUUCCAACUCCAGGAGGGCAAUUAUUAUGUAAAACAUGUGCCAGGUUGAAAAAAUCAAAACAUUAUUGUGGCAUAUGCAAGAAGAUAUGGAAUCAUUCAGACAGUGGAAGUUGGGUACGUUGUGAUGGCUGUAAAGUGUGGGUGCACGCUGAGUGUGACAAAAUUUCCAGCAACCUUUUUAAGAAUCUGGGAGGCACUGAUUAUUACUGCCCAACUUGCAAAGCAAAAUUUGAUUUUGAAUUAUCAGAUUCAGAAAAGUCGCAGCUUAAAGUCAAAUGGAACAAAAAUAAUGGUCAAUUGGUGCUGCCUAACAAGGUUACUGUUUUCUGCAAUGGCAUGGAAGGCACAUAUUUUCCAAGUCUUCACUUGGUUAUCUGCAAGUGUGGGUUCUGUGGAACAGAAAAGCAAGCACUUAGUGAAUGGGUGAAACAUACGGGUUCCAAAAUGAAAAAUUGGAGGACUAGUGUUAGGGUGAAAGGUUCCAUGCUGCCACUGGAACAAUGGAUGCUGCAACUAGCAGAUUAUCAUGAAAAUGCUCUUAUUUCUGUAAAACCUCCUAAAAAACCUUCCAUAAAAGAACGAAAGCAGAAGUUGCUUGCUUUUUUGCAAGAGAAGUAUGAGCCUGUUUGUGUUAGGUGGACAACAGAGCGAUGUGCUGUAUGUAGAUGGGUUGAAGAUUGGGAUUAUAACAAAAUUAUCAUCUGCAAUAGAUGUCAAAUUGCCGUUCAUCAAGAAUGUUAUGGUGCAAGACAUGUUCGGGAUUUCACUUCAUGGGUUUGCAAAGCAUGUGAAACACCUGAAGUCAAGCGGGAGUGCUGCCUUUGUCCUGUAAAAGGAGGUGCUCUAAAGCCAACCGAUGUUGACACAUUGUGGGUUCAUGUCACAUGUGCUUGGUUUCGACCUGAAGUUUCUUUUGCCAGUGAUGAAAAGAUGGAGCCAGCUCUUGGGAUCUUGAGUAUACCAUCCAAUUCAUUUGUAAAGAUUUGCGUAAUUUGCAAGCAAAUUCAUGGUUCGUGCACGCAAUGUUGCAAGUGUUCCACUUAUUUCCAUGCCAUGUGUGCUUCAAGGGCAGGGUAUCGCAUGGAGUUGCACUGCUUGGAGAAAAAUGGUAGACAGAUCACGAAGAUGAUUUCUUAUUGUGCCUAUCACAGGGCUCCAAAUCCAGAUACAGUUUUGAUUAUACAAACUCCUCUUGGGGUAUUUUCUGCUAAAAGCCUUCUCCAAAAUAAGAAGAAGGCUGGGUCAAGGCUAAUUUCAUCUAAACGAGCAAAGCUUGAAGAGAUACCUCCAGAAGAAACUACUGAGCUUGAGCCAUUCUCAGCUGCAAGAUGUCGGAUCUUUAAAAGAUUGAACAAUAACAAGAAGAGAACAGAAGAUGAAGCCGUUUCCCACAGAGUGAUGGGGCACUGUCAUCAUCCUAUAGAAGCAAUACAAAGCUUGAACACCUAUAUACAGGUUGUAGAGGAUCCGAAAACCUUUUCUUCUUUCAGGGAACGGCUUUACCACUUACAGAGAACCGAACAUGAUAGGGUUUGCUUUGGUAGAUCUGGUAUACAUGGAUGGGGGCUUUUUGCACGUAGAAACAUUCCAGAAGGAGAAAUGGUUCUUGAAUAUCGUGGUGAACAAGUGAGACGCAGUAUUGCAGAUCUGAGGGAGUCACGGUACAGAUUAGAAGGCAAAGACUGCUAUCUGUUUAAGAUCAGUGAAGAGGUAGUGGUGGAUGCAACAGAUAAAGGAAACAUAGCACGCCUAAUCAACCAUUCGUGUAUGCCCAAUUGCUAUGCAAGAAUUAUGAGUGUUGGUGAUGAAGAAAGCCGGAUUGUACUUAUUGCCAAGACGAAUGUAUCUGCUGGUGACGAGCUAACGUAUGAUUACUUGUUUGAUCCUGAUGAGCCUGAUGAAUUUAAAGUCCCCUGUUUAUGUAAAGCUCCAAACUGCCGGAAAUUCAUGAAUUAGGAUACAACACACAGCAUAGCCAUUGUUUCUCCGCAAGGAACACUAACCCAUCUCCCUCUCUCGCGGGAUCUCACAGUUCUCUUAUACAAAAAAAAUUUGUAAUUUUUGUUGGAAAAAAAAAAAAAAAAGAAGAGGAAAAAAGGCAUAGUGUAUUUUUGUUUGUAUCUUUAUUUUUGACAAUCAUUAGAGCUUUAUAUUAAAAGCUUUAGUUCUGGCGGCCUUUAGGGUAUGGCCUAUUGUGUAAAUUUGUUUACUCACAUUAUAUCCUUCUAAUUAAUUGCUUACCCAUUUUCAAUUUCA